CUACAGAUAGAAGAAAUAGUUGUUGGGUUUUUAGUUUUUUUGUGGUUCUGAUUUAUCCUACCGCUCUUUGUGGUUUUUACUUUGGAAUUUGAUCCAACCCAGUUAAUGUGAUUUGUGGCUUAUGUUUUUGCUUCUGGUUUCUUCCAUCUCUGUUGUUUAAGUGUAGAAACUAAGUAUCCCUCUUCAAAUAAGGGAAUUGGAUUAGACUUGCUAUGUAUAGUUAAUUAGUUAUAUACCACCUAUUGCAAAGACCAGACACAUUUCACCAUAAAUUUUAUUUAUGUAUUGGAAUUUAGUGUAAUACCACCAGUUUAUGGACAACCUUGUACAUUUUCGUACGCUGUAAUCCACUUGUAUUGUCCUCAAAAGUUGUGAUGUUCUUGUUCGUUUAUUUUUAGAGUUUAACUUUGAAAUUCCUGCAGCUUAUGUUGAGUUAGGGGUGGGACAGGGACAAGUUUGUCUUAAAUUCUUAAUGGAUUGUAUUUCGGUUCAUUUUGGUGUUAUUUAAGAUGAUGGUUGUGAAAUUUUGUUUUUAAGUUAUUGGAUGUAAUUCAUGAUGUACCUCCAUUCGUGCAGAUAGUUAACUACUAAUGCUUGAUUGUCCAGUUAGUGAUGAAGCUUAAAAUUUAUCUAGUUUUCAAACAUGUAUGACUCGCAUGAUUUGAUGUGUUGGAAGUUAUGCUACUAGAUGAGGUCUAUCACAUGUUGUGAACACUUGUUCUGGUUUUAAAUAAAUUAGUUUUGUAGGCCUCCCAUCAUAAUUAAGAGGAAAAAGUUAGAGUUUUGAGAUGUUAGUGAGAAAAUGGCUUUGGGAACUAGUUUUUCCUGUUUUCAGUUUGGACUCCUUACAUGAUCACACCCUGAACUAGUGGGCAUUUCUGUAAUCCAAGGCUUCAUUUUAUGUUUCCUCUUUUAUCAAAAUGUGGAAAAAUUGUUAGAGCACAUGAAGAGUCCAAGAAUACUGAUGGGGCUCUGAAAAUGGUGCUGGAAGAAUUUCCUGGUGGUCCUGACACUUUCUUAAUUGCAGCAAAAUUCUGUUAUGGGUAUCGAGUGGAACUGACAGCCAGAAAUGUGGUAUCAGUUCACUGUGCUGCAGAAUACCUUGAAAUGACAGAUGAAUUUGGAGAAGGCAACUUGUUGUCAAAAUCAGAGAGUUUUUUCCAUAAAAACACACUGCGCAACUGGAAAGAUUGUAUUUUGGCUCUCCAAAGUUCUGAGCCUGUUCUACCAAAAGCUGAAAAGCUUCAUUUAGUGGGUAAGUGUUUGAAUGCUCUAUCUAUGAUGGUUUGUACAGACCCAAGUCUGUUUGGAUGGCCCAUGAUGAUGUAUGGGAGUUUUCAGAGCCCUGGUGGAAGCAUUCUUUGGAAUGGUAUAAAUACUGGUGCUAGGAUUCGGAGCUCAGAAUCUGAUUGGUGGUUUGAAGACAUCUCAUAUCUCAGUGUGAGUUUGUUUGAGAGGCUUAUUAAGACAAUGCAAGCGAGAGGCAUACGACCUGAAAACCUGGCAGGUGCCAUAAUGUACUAUUCUAGAAAGCAUUUGCCGGGUCUAGGUCGGUGGCACGGUGGACAAGGUGGCAAGGCCAGAACAGUUGCAAGUUUCAGCUUGACACCUGCCACAGUUGAUCAGAGGGUUCUAUUGGAAAGCAUUGAGAAAUUUCUUCCUGACAAGAAGGGAAAAUCUUAUUGUCGAUUCUUGCUGGGACUUCUUCGUGUGGCUUUGAUAUUGAAUGUCAGUCAAACUUGCAAGGAUUCUUUAGAGAGGAGAAUAGGGAUGCAAUUGGAACUUGCAACUUUGGAUAGUCUUCUGAUUCCUACUUAUUCAGAUUCUGAUGCAUUAUAUAACACUGAAUGUAUUGAACAAAUUGUCCAUUAUUUUAUAUCUACAGAAUCAAAUUUAACUCCCUUUUCUCCUUCAUCACGUGACCUGCAAGCAUCAGCAUCACCAUCAUCAUCAUCUGAAUCGUUGAGGAAAGUUGCCAAGUUGAUGGAUAGCUACAUUGCAGAAAUUGCUUCUGAUGUUAAUUUAAAACCGGGAAAGAUACGCAGGCUUGCAGAGGCCCUCCCUGAGUCAUCAAGAUUAUUGCAUGAUGGGCUUUACAGGGCAUUGGACAUAUAUUUCAAGGCUCACCCUUGGCUCUCUGAUAGAGAGAAGGAAGAACUAUGCAACAUCAUAGACUACCAGAAACUCUCAAUCCAUGCUUGUGCUCAUGCUUCCCAAAAUGACAGGUUACCCCUCAGAGUUGUUCUUCAAGUGCUCUUCUUUGAACAACUGCAUUUGAGAACAGCAUUAGCUGGAUGUCUCAAUGCAUUGGAUGGUGAAAUUGCUCCGGCAGCUCCUGUUCCUAUAACUGCCCUGGGCGACACAGCAAGUGAAAUUGUACAAAGGGAUGGAUGGGUGACUGUUGUGCGUGAAAACCAGGUUUUGAAGGUGGAUAUGGAUAGGAUGAGUUCUAGAGUUGGAGAACUUGAAGAAGAGUUCAGUAAAAUAAAGCAAGAAAUGAAAAGUGUGACAAAAUCUCACAGUUCACGAAGCUCGCCUCGGUUGGUUGCCAGGAAAAUCGGGUGUAAGCUUGUUCCACGACCAUCAGAUGCUCAACCAGAAUCCCUCAACCGCACCGGAUCCACACCAAGAGCAUCCAUUGAAUGGGCACGGCGUUCCCAUAAGUCCAAACACUCAGAAAGUUUUACUUGAGUAUCAAGAAACCAGAGCUCCCCUUUCUUUUAUUCAUGUAUACAUAUAGCAGUGUUGUGUGGUUUUAAAUUUUUUGUACGAGGGAAAGGGAAGGAAAAUGUUUCUUAAUCCAUUAUGCCUUUUUAUUUCACCAGUUUGCAUAUCUGAACAUUUUCCAUUUCUUUCCCUCGUGUAAAGUUUGUUGUACACUUAUGUAGGCAAUUUCACAUAUUGUCCUGUUUGUUUGGGGAAUAGCUUCUGUAUUUAUUAUCCGUAUAGCUUUAUUCUUAAUUUGGAGAUAUUGACAAUGGAAGAUGUUGUUUUAGACCCCAUGUGUGAAGAACAUUAUUGCCGUCGAAGAAAGAAUCAUAUAAGUUCCCCCUAGUGCAGAUGCAAAGCUCAUGCACAAAGGUUGGAGAGCUAACAAACGAAUGUAACUGACAAUGUUGUGCUUCUAGCAUAGCUUCUUUCAUAGAUGACAAAAUAUAGUAUAGUUGUGAUACGAGUGUAAUUUCUUUAUAAAUGACAAAAGCAAAUAUUUUAUGGUCUUUGUCA